AUGUUUAGAGCUGUUGUACAACGUAACUUUAGAAGAUUCAAUUCUGGUCAUGGCCAUGUUUCAAAAUACAUUAACGAAACAGCCUUUCCGCAAGUAGACAAAAAGGCUGGUCAAGAAUUCAAGAAGAAUCUUGACGAAAAAAUUCAACAUUCUGAAGGUAUAACAAACUUAUGGAAGAAGAUUACUUACAUGGUUGCCUUGCCUGCAAUUUUGUUGACGGCUAUUCCGGUUGUGAAGAUUGAAUUGGAACAUGCUGAUCACAGAAAACACUUAAGAGAAUUACCAGAUGAUGAAUGGCCAACCCAAUAUGAAUAUCAAAACUUAAGGCAAACAAAGUUCUUCUGGGGCGACGGCGACAAGACUUUGUUCUGGAAUAGUGAUAUCAACAGGCACAUCGAGUAA